UUCGUGAAAUUUAUAGAAGAUCUAUAAAAAGUUGUUUGUCAUAAGUAAAUCUUUGUAAAAGUGAAAUUUUCAUAUUAUUCAUUUAUAAAAACUUUUAAACUACAAGUGAACUUUUAUACUACCGAUUGAGCUAUAAAAGUAGUGUGAAAUAGUCCCAAAAUAAGGACUGCGUACAGUCGCUGCGGCAGCGAAAGUUUGUACGUUUUCUUUUAGUGUAGGAUAAAUGCAAUAAUGGCGUAAGGGUGGAUAUAAAGAAUACAAAUUCUGUUACUGAUACUGUGUAUAAAAAAUGGACGAAAUCGAAUACCUGGAGGAGUACGAAGACUUAAUUCUACCAACAAUGAGUUCUCACUCCGUCGCAACGAAGAGCCGCGCCACCAGCAACCUUGUUAGCAUGGCGGAUGAUGAGGACUCUUCUUCUAUAGAUCAAGAUAUAUUUGAGAGUUUAUUUGACGAUCAUUCUGAUGAUGAGUCUGUGAUGCAAAAAAAAGUGCCUGCCAAGUUGAGCCACCGCAGUGAACGUGGUUCACGCAUUUCAAUGGAUUCGCUCGAUAUGCUUGUAAAAGAUCUAGGUGAACCGCUUAACCCACUAGUAGACACCACAAAACAGGUUAAAUCAAUGCAGAAACCAGGAAAUACCAGAUUUACACAACCCAGCAAAGGUGUGCAAAAAGCUUCCGCAACAACUUCGGUAAGCGCACGGGGUAGAAGUACCCCAACGCCUGUCUCUAGUGACAGUAAUAAAAUGUCUAACAAACCACAAUCAGCAGCAGCAACAACAACAGCGGCCGAACGUAAUUCGAAAACUAAGUCUAUAGCCACGGUAAGGCCAACGGUGCAACAAAAUUUGCCACAAGCACCAACCAAGCAAACGAAUGCAAAUAUCAAUGAUAUUCCGUCAAAUCGCGCGCCGCUAAACAAUUCUGCGGGCAGUAUACAAAAUGCAAAAGUAACUAGUGCAUCCCUAAACUCAUCCAAAGCUGGAAUGUCUACUGCCUCAACGUCCCGGAAACAAAUAUCGGCUGCCACUUCAACAACUGGAAGCAGCUCUGGGACACUGAGUAGACGCAAUGAUAAUGUCCCGAUUACUGCACCACCGAAGAGAAUAAUUGAACGGUCACAGACAACUAUAAUAAAGCCGGAGAAACCACAGAUUAAGGAUCCUGCAGAAGAUCCCUUGAGUUUGGAAAACAUUGAAAAUGAAUCCGAUUCCGAUACAGAUUCCUUUGUUUACUCCGAUAUAUCAGCCGAUACAUUCGUUUCGUUAAGUGACGUUGAUGAUGAUGACCGCCAAGUUAUUGAACUCUCCAACGACUCCAACUAUGAUCGUGUUAAUCUAGACAAAAUUCGUGGGUCAACGCCUUCGCCCACAGUUUCUGAUGAUUAUAAAAGUGAUAACGAGGAUUCAAAAACGACACCGAAGCGCAAGGAAAGCUCUGUGUUGGAAAGAAACUCAAAAGCGGCAAAUAAGUUACGUAUACAACAAUAUGUCGAUAACGAAGUAUCGACAAGUGGUCACCCAAAGCAAGACACACCACGCAGUUCUAAAGAGAAAUCAAAGAAUAUGGAUAAAGGCCCAAAUGUUAGCGAUACUCUGCUGGAUCGUAUUGACACAGUGCUAUCAGAAGUAGUCGAUAACAAAGUUGAAAGACUUGCUGUUAAAAAACAAAUCGAUGAUGUUGAACUUGAAGUUGAAGUGGAAACUAAUACUCAGGAUGAUCCGGAAGAUAGGAAAACGGAAGUAACAGGUAGUGCAAUGGAAUGCAAUAGUGAUAUGGAUGGUAUUAAAAACACAGGCCCAGAGGCAAUCCAAGAGCCAUCCACGUCGAUUUCAUUGGAUAUGGAAGUGGAAGUUGUAGAACAGAAAGAUGAAUUGGGAGUUGAAGGAAAGGAAAAAGUUGAAAAAGUAGCGAAUAGUGUUGCCAUUUCUCACAAACCAAUAAACACUCCAGUUCAAGCCACUAAUGAAGUAGUUGAAAUACUUGACAUUACAGAUGAAUCAGUGGCCGAAAGAUCAGUUUCUGAAAGUAUUGAUAUUUCACAAUCACUUGAUUCCGAAACACUAACAGAAGAAGCUAGCGGGCACUUUAUUGGAUCUCAGGGAAAUGCUGAAUUAAGCGAAAGUCUCGAAAUUGAACAAGAUGAAUUAAUAUUACUAGAAUCUAAGAAUUUAAAAAAUGUAGAUAACAACAGCCAUCCUAAAGAUACAAAAGAAGGGAACGAUUCCGAGGAGAAUAAUGCUAGUAAAAGUAGUACGCCUUAUAAGGAAAAUGUUGCAAGAAAAAAUGUCGGUCCCGAAACUAAAAAAACCUGCGAACUUAAUAAUAAGGCAUUGGUUGACAAAAACACAAAAUUAGAGGAAAAGCCCCUACAAGUGGAAAAAUCAAAUGAAAACCCUGAAAAGAAAGAAAAAAUAAAAGUUGAAAUAAAACCCAAUAAUGGCAAUGGAAAUAAUAACAAAGAAACCGGAAAUGUUGUCGAAAAUAAGGCAAAAGAAGCAGCUAAAACAAAUUUGAAAACAACCUAUUUGGUAAAAGAAAGAGGAAAGUCUGAUAUGAAUGUAGAAAAUAAAUCGAUCGUCGAGUUAAAAGGAGGAAAGGAUAUUAAAUCAGCGGAAAAGUCCACAAAAGAAACGAAAAAAGAUGAACAAGAAAAAAUUAGCACACAGAUAAACGAAAACCAGGUUGAACCAGUAAAAAAAGAGAAGAAAGACGAGCAAACAUCGAGCUCAACAAAUUUUAACGCUACUGAAAAUGAAAAGGCCGUUAAAUUGGAAACUACGAUUAAUACACGAAAGAGGGAUAAACAAACAGAAAUGGAAACCCCAUGUCACACUCCCAUGCAAACUAAACCAACAGAAAAGGAAGCACAAAUUAACGAAAAGAAACAGAUGGAUAAAGAAUCUAAAAAUGACGUAAAAAAAGACAAGCCAAAUGUCACGUCAGACGUCAAGAAAAUCGAACAGGCAGCCAAGAGAGCAUCGGAAGUUCAACCGAAAGCAAAAAGUGCCAAGACAGAUAUACCGGUAGCUAAAAUUGAACAGUCAUCUAAAGAAAGCACCAACGAAGUUGAUAGCUCGCAAUACAGUAGGCACAGAAAUAAACAAAAAAUUGAAGCUAAAAAAGAUCACAAGGAUGUAAACAAAUCAACAACAACUUUAGACAAGUCAAUAUCUGAAGCUCAAAGGAAGUCUAGACCUGAGAUUAAAGCUGAUAAAAAUAUAACAAGUUUAAGGCCUGAAAAGAAACAUGAACGCAACGAACGAUCUCAAACACCACAGGCGAGAAAAAUGCCAAUGUUGACCGCAGAAAAAACGAAUGUUGUGGAAAAAUCUCAAACGGGAGGUAGAGAGCUAAACGAGCCGCUAGGAAAGUCAGAGUCUGAAACACCAAUAAGUACAACAAAAGAAGAUGAGAUUGAAGAAAAUAACAUCAAAGAGGAUAUAAGUUUAGAUGAAAACCGUUCAGAAAAUAGCCAAAUGGAGGAGCGCAAAGUAAAUGACUCAGCAACGCCCAUUCCUGAUAAAAGAAUUCGAGGGCUGGUAGUGUCUUUGAAAAAGACGGAUUUAUCAAAGGUUUUAAACGAAAAACUUGUACAAAACAAAGAAAAAUCCGUAGACAUAGUGAGUCGAGACUCGAAUGAUGAAAAAUCUGUCGAAAGGCUAAGUAGAGAUUCGAAAGGUGAGAAAUCUGCGGAGCGUUCAAAAGAAGAAUCCAAAGAUGAAAAAUCUGCAAGUAAAGCAACAGCAGAUUCGAAAGGUGAAAGUUCUGUGGACAGGGAAAAAGAAUCGAAAGACGGAAAAUCUGGGAACAAUGCAAGAGGAAAGCGAGAUUCGAAAGAUGAAAAAUCUAGGAGCGGUGGAAAGACAGAUUCGAAAGAUGACAAAUCUAGGAGCAGUGGAAAGAGAGAUUCAAAAGAUGACAAAUCUUUGGACAAAGAAAAGAUGGAUUGGAAAGAUGGAAAACUUUCUUAUAGGGGGAAAACAGAUUCAAAAGAUGAAAUAUCUGCCGAGAGAGCAAAGACAGAUAUGAAAGAUGAUAAAUCUAUGGACAAAAAGAAGAGAGACUCGAAAAGAGACAAAUCUUCGGAUAGGUCAAGGAGAGAUAUCAAAGAUGAAAAAUUUGCAGAUAGGACAAGGCGAGAUUAUAGAGAUGAAAGAUCCACCGACAGGGCAAAGAGAGAUUAUAGAGAUGAAAGAUCUACAGACAGAGCAAAUAGAGAUUUGAGAUAUGAAAAAUCUGCAUAUAAAGAUAGGAGGGAUUCAAGAAAUGCAAAAUAUUGGGACAGGGCAAAAAGGGAUGAAAAAUCUACAGACAGAGGAAAGCGGGAUUUGAAAGAUGAAAGAUUUAUGGACAGGGCAAAGAGAGAUUUGCGAGAUGAAAAAUCCGCAGAUAAAGAUAGGAGGGAAUUAAGAAAUGAAAAAUCGCUGGACAGAGCUAAAAGUGAUUUGAAAUAUGAAAAAUCUGACGCCAAAGCAAACAGGGAAUCGAAGGAAGAAAAAUCUGCAGGUGAAGCAAAAAGAAAUUUGAAAGAUGAAAAAUCACCAGAAAAAGUAAAAAAAGAAUCGAAAGAAGAAAAAUCUGUAGACAGAGAAAAGGCCAAUUUGAAAGAUGAAAAAUCCGUAGACAAAAUAAAAAAAGGAACGAAAUAUGAAAAAUCUGUGGAACAAACAAAAUCAAAACAAUCAGAAAUCGUGGACAGAAAGAUUGAUAAGGAAUCGCGUAAUACUUCCGCCGUAGAUGAAAAUAUUCAACACACAGAAAAUGAUAAUAUAAAGAAACUGCAGACACAAAAACUUACAACAAAACACGAGCUGGUCGAUAGGAAAAAAGAGAAACUAAAAACGGAAAACAGUGACGAAGCUGUCGCUGGCACAUCGAGCAGCAAAGCAAGUGGCAACAGAGCCGAAAUCGAAAAGAAAAAGAAUGCAGAAAUAUGUGAAGAUAAGUCCGCAGAUUACACUGUUAAGCAAAAGGCGCAACAAACAAAAGGGGUCUGUGAAAUAACAGAAGAUAAAAAACAAAUCGAUGAUGUGGAAGAUAAUGACAUCGAAAUAGUAAAUGCGACUUCCAGUAAAGUAGAACAUAAAGAUACACCCAAAAAACAAACCCUCAAAGACAUGGCAGGUUCCAAAAUAACAGAAAUAAAAACUAUUAUCGAAAGCACAACCAAAAUGCAAGAUAAAAGUGCGAAACCUGAUACAGUGGACGAAAAUAAACAUAAAACACAGGUUGAGAACGCAGCGCCUAAAGCAUUGGCCGAAAGCACAGAUCAAUUUAACCGCAAUAAAGGUGAAGCCGAAAGGACAAAUAAAUCCAAAGAUACAAAAAUUGCUGCAGAAAGCACGUGUCGAAGGAAAACUAGGAAGACUGAUGUUGAAACCGCUGAUAAUAGAAAAGAUAAGCUGGCUGAUUCCAAAAAUAUUUCCGAAACUGUAAACAAAAUCGAAUAUAAGAUAGGCGAACCUCCGGUCGAGAGCUUAUAUAAAAUGCAAAACAAGAAAGUGGAGCCCAAAACUGCGGGCGAAAACUCGGAUAAAACAGAAGAUAAAGCUGCUGUCGAAAGUGCAGACAAAAUGCGGGACAAGAAAGCCAAAGUCGAAACUCUUGAAAGCACAGAUAAAGAGGAGAAGGGGACGCCUAAAUCUAUUGUCGAAAGCUCAGAUAACACGCAAGAGAAAAAAUCGAAAGCUGAAACUGUUGGCGAAAGCUCGGAUAGAACGCGAGAGAAGAACACAGAAGAAACUUGUAAGACGACAAAUACCAAAAAUUCAGAUGAAACGCGAGAACAGAAAUCGAAAGCCGAAAUUGUUGUGACAUGCACAGAUAAGACUAAUGAGGAGACAGUGACACCUAAAGCCGCAGCCGAAAGCUCGGAUAAAACGCAUGAGAAGAAGGAAAACGCUAAAAUCGCUGUCAAAAACUCGGAUAAAACGCAUGAGAAGAAGGCAAAAGCUGAAAUUUCUGUCGAAAGUCCAGAUAAAACCGAGAAGAAAACGAAACCUGAAACUAUUAUUAAAAGUACAAAUAGCACUAAGGAGGAGAACGUGACAGUUCUAGCUAUUGCCGAAGGCUCAGACAAAACACUAGAGGAAAUAAUGCGAGAAAAGGAAACCAAAGCGGAAAUUGUUAAGAUCACAGAUAUGUCUAAGGAAGAAAAGGCGGUAACUAAAGCUGAGAAAGCCGAUAAAAUGCGUGAUAAAAAUGCUAAAGCUGAAAGUAUUGAAGAAAUCACAGAUGAAAUUGAAAGUGACAAUACGAAAGGUAACGAAACUGCCGAAAGCUCGCAUGAAAGUUUGAAUAAGAAAGCUGAGCUGGUAUCCGAGAGCGUAGAGACAAUCUUGGAAAACAAAUCAGAAACUGAAACCGUGUCCUCGAGCGCAGAGAAAAAGGUUGAUCAUAAAACAGCGUAUGCGGAUAAAAAUCCGAAUGAAGCAGUGGACCAAGCAGUCAAAUGCAUAGAUAAAACGGUUGAAGGCAACGUAGAAGCUGAAAGAGCAGACAUGUCAUCUGAUAAAAAGUCGGAAGCUGAAAAUGUCGGAGGUGAUUCUUUUGCUGGAAAAGCAACCGAAAUGCCAGAAAUGAAAGUUAGCGGUUCUGAAAGUAGGGACAAAACUGAAACUGAAACUAGCGUAACUAAAGUAUCCGAAAAUGAAACUACUGCACGCGAACUGCAUAAAGACAUUAUUGAACUAAAGGACGAAGCGCAAACUGCUGAUAAAACUGAAAGUAAUGCUGGUCAUACGUCAAAUAAAAUUAAAAGAACACGUAUUACCCAACAAAUAUCAACAACAAAAGAAAAAACGGAAUGCGAAAAGGAAAUGGAAGCAGCAAGUAACGAAGUGCCAAGAAUCCACCAAACUAGGCAUGCGCGGGCUCGGGCGGAGGCGGAAAUACAAUCACCAUCAAGCUCGCCAGCAACGCCGCGACCACAGUCGAUUAGCGAGGAGGAGCAUGAAGGCUCAAUUCGUCGUUCGCUACGCAAGCGAGCUGCCGAUAAUUCGCCGAGCAAUAUAAAUGAAUUGAUGAAGAAAGGACUCAGAGGACACGCAAGUCAAACGCCAACUGCAGGGCUGACAAAAGUUGCACAAAAGCUGAAUAGUAACAGAAGUCUUACAGUGACGCCAACAACGGUUGCGACGCGAAAGCGAGCACGUGAAUUAGCACCGAAUACAUCAGUUGAUGCAAAUGAUAAUUCCCCUGGCAAAAGGUACAAGUGGGAGUCUUCAAGGAAAUCUUCACGCCGCCUACAUAAUGAUGACGUCGACACAAGCGAAGGUGAAUUUGAUUCUUCUAUUCCGCAACGUCGUUUCCGAUUAGCUGGCUUGAAAGAAGGCCAGGUGUAUAAGGCUGUGCAUGAGAGCUCAUUGAUUUUGGAACGCAAAACUACACAGCCUGCAAAGCAAAACACUGGCACAGAACUAAGGGGAACUCAAAAAUCUCUUACUACACCUUCGUCUAAAACGUCUAAAGAUAAGUCUGCCAACGCUGGCAGCAAUAUUCCUAAAGAAUGCCAGGUGUAUAAGGCUGUGCAUGAGAGUUCAUUGAGCUUGGAACGCAAAACUACGCAGCCUGUGAAGCAAAACUCUGGAACAGAAAUAAGGGGGGCUCAAAAAUCUCUUACUACACCUUCGUCUAAAACGUCUAAAGAUAAGCCUGCCAACGCUGGCAGCAAUAUUUCUAAAGAGACUGCAACAGAGGCAAAACGCAAUCAGGAUCCAGAAAAAAUACAAACUUCAGCUGCUGAGGCAAACAAAAAACGCACUAAAUCUGAAUUGGAGAAUAUGCAGCCUCCAAAGAAGAUUGCACGUUCAAAUGAAGAGGGUACCCAGCAAAGAUCACCGGCAAAUACACAAAAAACUCCAACGAAACAGCCAGCCUCAACAACUACUACGGCCGCUGCGCAGCGAACCGAAAUUCAGUCUGAUAAUGGAAACACGCCGUCAGCCCAAGAGGGUGCUGAUCCACUACAAAUACCGGUGAAACGGCUAAGGCGCCUACAAGCAAUCGAUGGUUAUGAUGCUAUAAAUGUGUCUGAAGAGCUUAGAACGGAGGAGUUGGAUAAGAGAAAUGUAGCAACUACACGCAAAUCAGUACGUGCUGGAGGGCCAACUGAUGCAGCCAAGGGCGCUGAAACGAAUAAAACUCAGGUGAAGCAACAAACUCAGUCCCAACAGCAGCAAGAACAAAAGGUAUCGAAGAGCUCAGAGUCUAUAGUUGAGACACUAAAGAACGAAGAAGCAGGCAUCGAAUCAAAAAAACAAACAGAAAAGGUAGAACUGAAUGAGCCUGAUCAAAGAGCUGCCAGUGCUAAUAAAAGCAGUACAAGUAAGGCAAAUAUCGAGCCAAAAUUGCAAGCGUCGCCAACGAAAUCGCCUGGUUCCACAGUAAUAACAUUCAAAGAGUGGCUAGAGCAGCAGAAGAAAAGCAGCAGCGAUGACGGCGACGAUGUGCAAUUAGAAUCUGGUGAGAGUGUAGCACAUGCUAAAAAAACCACUGAAACGAUAGUAAUAUGCGAAGAGCCAGAACGUGUCAAGCCACCUGAAGUGGUUUUGAGAUGCAAAAAGGAGUUACUACAGCUGAUAAAUAUGAGUAAAAGAAGUGAAAUUACUUCAAGCAAAGAAAGGGGCGGCGCACAAGAAACAACAAAGCAAACUCCAAACGUUUCCAAGCAAAGUCGCAACGAAAAAACAACGCCAACAGCGGGCAAUAAUACAGCAACACAAUUUAAGCGUCCUUCACUGCCGCAGCGAUCAAUACGUGUAACGCCAUCGCGUACUAGUAAUAGAACGCCAACGCCGGGCGAUAGCCGCAUGAGCCUAGGCAACACCCAACAGAUUGGCAGGCAAGCAAUACUUCACAAAAUCGACACGAAAUUAAAGUUGCGUAAAUUGCGUGUACGCAUUAAUCGAUCUACGGUCACCGCAUAUUUUAAGAACCUGAAUAUAAAUGUGGGAAAACUAGAAGAACAUGGUAUCCACUCAAAAAUGUUAUCACCUUCGCGUUCCGCGGCCGACACAUCGCUGCUUAUUGAAAGUGGUGAGCAGGGUCAUCGCAAUAGUUUCCCUACCAUAUCACGAAAACGCAUAGCCUUGAAAACACCAACACCACUACCACAAUUGCCCACCCUUACUGCGCGGCCAACUUUGACAGCAACGGCGGUGGCGGCGUCGGUGGCUGAGGAUUCAACGAGAAUGCCAAGGUUAACAAAAGUUCCAAACUCUUUGGAAGAGAGCUCAACACAAACUCAAAAUGAACCGGACAUUUCUCCAAAUGCUGCUGCCGGUUAUCAACAUGGCAGCACCGAAGAGCUUUCCUUGCUAACUCCAAUGAAGUCCGUUUCUGUAACGCCAACGAGUACAACGUCCAGCUCACGUUCUCAGCAACAACAACAAAAACAGCUAUCCACAUCAACAGCCGCCAAUGUGCGUGAGAAACGCACAAGCGCUACAAGCAGCUCCGAUUCAAGCACCACACAACGAUCACAUGCAACUGGCGUAAAAGCUAAUGCAAGCGGCAUUACUAAAGGCCCGCAAGUACCAUUUAUGCCGGUGGUACCCAAAGAAGAGAUCAUUGAUGAUCAACAACAGCAGGCACAACAACCAGUUUCACACUCAGCGACCGCUGCAUCUUUGGAUAAUUCGGCCACAACAAACUCGUUAGCUUCACGCACACUGGCGAUAGCUGCCGCCACUAAUUCAGCGCUCAAUCAAACGCCAUCAAGUGAUCCAAGCGGCUACUAUGGACUCACACCUAUAACAUUGGACUCUAACGGCACGCGUUUAUACUCGUUCUUGCAUCCAGCCAAAUAUAGUCGCAAUCAUGGCUGCGUAUUACUCGAUUACUGCUGUCCCAAUCUGGAUGGUCCGAUGCCGGCAAUUGAUCCGACACGUAUACAUGCGCAAGUACAGGCUGGCGUGCGUGAACUGCCCGCUUACAUUGUCAUGACAACGAAGCUGAUAACGCGUGCCGAUUUGGAGGCAAACAAGAAUGUCAUACCGGCUUCCAUAAGACAGAAAGUAGAGAAAAUUACAGCUGAUGCUUCGGCAACGGCAUCUGCUGUUAGUGGUACGCCAAAUGCGUCAAUAUCAAUGUCACCGGCGCCACAAAUCACACCAGCUCCACAAAUCACACCGGCUCCACAAAACACACCGGCAUCGAAAACUUCACUAACGCCGACCAUUACAGCAUUGCAGAAACACUUGCCGCCAACAACGAGUAUUACACCAAAGUUGGCUCCUCCAGUAACAGCCACCACAGCGUUGACAUCCACACCGCAAAAUACGCUUAACAGCAGCUCACAAAGUGGUGCAGCAAUGGCAUCAACAUCGCAAAUGAUCACAGUCUCUGAUUAUCAGCGUUCGUUGCUGCGCACCAGCGUACGUCAAUUCGAUGCACGUCUCAAAAAGUACUAUUAUCGCGUAGCAAUGCUGUCAUUUUCCGAUCGGCAGAGCAUUAUUGAUAACAUUAUCAAUUCGACAACACUGACGCCCAAAGAUGUAGAGUGCGCUGUACGUUUGCUGGACGAAUAUGCCUCACAAAUCAGCCUUAUAUCUGGCUCGCCUGUUGUCAAUAUACCCAAGCCGGUUACAACAGCAAUACAAUCAGUAUCGAAAGUCAUUACAACGCCCACAACCAAUACGGUGGUACGCACCACCACAAUUCAACAGCAGUUGCAAAAGCAAAACCAGCAAAGUUCUAAAGGGCAAGUUGCCGUAUUGGAUAAGGACAAUAGUUUGUUGGGCUAUCAGCUAACGACCUCCGCAACAACGUUGAGCAAAUCAACCAUUUCUACACGUUCCAGCAUAAUGUCGUCAACGACAACUGGUGUAAAAAAUACAUCUCUGCCGAAUAUGAUGGCUACGACAAGCGCAGGUUUGCCAUCCUUGAAGGCGGCACAGGAUUCACCACGAAUUUUUUAUACUAAGCCACCGAUGCAAACAUCCACACCAAUUGAAACUACCACUAGCAGUGGUACUACACCAUUGAGUGGCGGUAAAACUGUUUCUCUAAGAAGUACCUCACUGACCAUCCGGCAGAUUCCAUCAAAACUCGGCUCCGUCUCAUCGACAACGGUAGCAGCCACUCCACCAACAACACGACGUUUGCCAGUGCUGACCCGUAAUCCACACCUAUCAACAAGGACGACCACCCCGAAUAGCUCGCUCGCUAACACAUCGUCCACCUCCGACUCGAUCACAACGCGUUCGGCGCCGAAGCGUAUGACACGCGCCUCCGCCGCUGCCAAAGUGAUUGUGAUAACGCAGAACAGAGAGGCCGACAAUACGCCUUUAGACGAAUGCAUACUGCCGGAUGGACACAACAAUACGGAAAUCAAAAGUGAAAGGCUUGAUGAUGAUUUUGUUGGUGGUAAUUAGAAAUAAUAUGUAAGAAAAUAAAAAUAAAAAUAGGAAAGUAAAUAUGAAAUUUAUAUAUUGUAAGAUAACAAUGAAUUUUACUGAUCACAAACGCAAUGUGCGGUCAGCUGUGGAGAAUUGUUUUACUUAGGUUAUAAGCAUUCAAGUAAUAAGUAUUCUUCAAUAAGUUCAUCAAUUGGUUUAUUAUCUAAAUAUGCUCCAAACAGGCGUUAAUAGUUCCCAUGUUGCACAUCAUUUAAUUUUCCUUACAUAUUUACAUUAUACAAAGAAAUCUGUAUACAAAAUUUCGCAAGAUAGUGGCAUAAAAGUGAAUUAAUUAUUGUUCGUCGUAUAGUAAGCUACUGAAUAUGAACCGCAUCCCAUAUACAUAUAUUGAUUAAAUUCAUUGCAACUAAACUACAAUACAUCAAAAACAAUGUAUGUAUAUAUAUAGGCUCUCACUUUUUAUGAAAAAUGGAUAACUAAGAAAUUUAUCUGUUAUUUUCUAAAUUCUACAAAAAUAAAGCAAAGUUAUGUAAGUUUCGCAAUAAACGUAUAUGAUUUCGUAAUUUGGAUAAAUUAAA